UUUAAAAUUGCGCGUUCAGAAACUUAAUAUGGCGAUGAAAAAGUUUGAAAUGUUUGAGAUAUUAGGUCCUGAAUUUUGCCAGAUUUAUUAAUUUAUACCAAAUCUUUAUUACUUUUCUGGCUUAAAUUUAUACAUAAUAGUUUUAAUUUACAGAUAAAAAAAAUGUCAAAAGCAACAAAACGUAAGCAUGUCGUUAAAGAAAUCCAAGACUUGAGUGUUCCUACCGAAUCGCAAUCUAUUGUGCGAAUAAUUGAAUCGCGGGGUAAUAAUUUACACGAAGUCGAAGAUGCUGCUAGGAAUCAAUACCUGGUGUCAAUGCCGACGAAGUUUAGAAGAAAUAUUUGGGUGAAACGAGGCGAUUUCGUGCUGGUAGAACCAAUAUCGGAAGGAGAUAAAGUGAAGGCGGAAAUCGUUAAGAUUCUAACACGAGAGCAUAAAAGAUGGUAUCGCGAACAGAAUUGUUGGCCCCGUGAAUUCGAUGAAAGAAUCAACUCCAAAGAAGCUGCCGAAGAACAAAACGAAGACGAUCUUUUUGUAAAUACUAAUAGAUUAUCGCACAAUUUGAAUAGGAUAGGUAAUAAGGGUGAUACUAGUUCCGACGAAUCUGAUUCUAGUUAAUACAUUUUUAUAUUUUAUUAUAAGAAAUAAAAAUGUUUGUUUGAAUACAAACGGAGAGGGGAAGAAAAUAGGAGCGUUCAAUUUUAUCGCCGAUUCAUUUUCAUUUGGUUAUUAUGAUUCAUAUUUUAAUGACAUUUAGAAAGAGAGCAAACAUGUAACAACAAUGAUAAGAAGUUAAGAAAGAAGUUUAUAACGUUACUUUUGUCAUUAAUCGUUGAAGUGCAUUACUUUUUGACGAGUUACAAGUUUUGAUUUAUUGAUUAGUAUACACUUGUUAAUAAUGUUCAAAAGUGAAAUAUUUCAUCGUAACAAAAGAGAAAAAGGGACAAAUAUUUCUUCGUUUAACGGACUUGAACAUUAUCGCGGCAUUUAUCGUUGCAUUGUCUCUGAUUAAUCUUAUCGGUUAGUAUGAUUUCUGCAAUGCGAUAUAUAUCCCAUCUUCUGUUGACCAGUUGCUACUACUACUGUGAAAAACUGGUAAUAAAUUUCUCCUGUUUUUUUUAUUUAUUUAUUUUAAGAUUACUGUCCAGAAUUAGAUACUUUAUUUUCUUAGUCGUGUUUAUCGAGAUUUUUGCAACAUAUGCGAAGAAUAGUGAUAAAAAAUCAUUGUUAACGUCCUUGGAAUCUUCAUAAAUUACACUUGUUCAUUAUACAUUAAAUCGUAAAUGAAAUUCGUUUUAUGGAAUCAUGUUAAUAUAGAUAAGAAAAAAAUUCAGCGGUAAAUACGUUUCUGCGUCAUUUCUUCUGUGAAAUGUAUUUACGUGCAAUUAGGGGAGAAAGGAAUUCUUUGUUAUUUUAAGGAUGACUGCUUCUUAAAAAAUCCAAAUUAUUUUAUGCUUCUGUAGUUAAGCAUUGUAAAUAAUAUCAAUAAACGAAAUUUUUUUGUAA